AUGAUGACUAUGAAGCAGGCAGGUCAACCCUCUGACGGUGACACUGUUAACCAGGAGGUAGAGGAAGUUUAUGAUAACUGUGGCAGCAGCAGCUCGGAUGAAGACAGCAAUAUUGGGGAAGUUGAAGAAUCAGUUGGGGCAAUGGAUAAUGUACCAGAACUAACACUUGUGGAUGAUGAGACUCCUUUGUUGGUACAGCCAGCUGAGGAAAUAGGAGAAGCAGAUGACACAGUGAAUGAAACAGCCUCAACACCAUUUAAUGAAGACUAUGGGGAGUUUGAUGGAGAAGGUUUAGAGGAGUUUACAUUACCUGCUGAAACAGAAGAAAAGAAGGAGGUAGAGAAGAAAGAUGGUGAAAGAAAGAAAAAGAAAAGGAGACGGAAAAAAUGGUUAAACAUUUGUCUGGUCAACUGUAAAUAUGAUGUAGUGCGCCGAACUGCCAGAAAAUUUGGUUUCAAAGAAGUCUCAGAUGAUGAUGACUGGACUCUUUACUGGACUGACUUUUCAGUUGCCUUGGAGCGGGUCAUGGACAUGAAAAAGUACCAGAAAAUUAACCAUUUCCCAGGCAUGAGUGAAAUAUGUCGUAAGGACAUGUUAGCUCGAAAUUUGACCCGCAUGCAGAAAAUGUUCCCGAAAGAGUACAAUGUUUUCCCCAAAACCUGGUGCCUACCUGCUGACUAUGGUGACUUCCAAACCUAUACCAGACAGAAGAAGAAUAAGACCUACAUUCUAAAACCAGAGUCCGGGUGUCAAGGCAGAGGAAUUUGGGUCACGAAAAAUCCCAAGGAAGUGAAACCACAUGAACAUAUGAUAUGUCAGGUGUAUGUUACCAGGCCAUUCUUAAUUGAUGGGUAUAAGUUUGAUCUCCGUAUCUAUGUGUUAAUAACAUCUUGUGACCCCCUGAGAAUCUUUAUAUUCAAAGAUGGGCUGGCAAGGUUUGCUACAAAUAAAUACAGUGAACCAAGCAAUAGCAACACAGAUAACGUUUAUAUGCAUCUAACAAACUAUGCCAUCAAUAAACAUAGCCAGGAUUUUGUGCGGGACGAUGAAGCUGGAAGCAAAAGACGUAUCAGCACAAUCAACAGAUACUUGAAAGAAAAAGGUUAUGAUAUUGACAAGCUGUGGUCCGACAUUGAUGAUGUCAUCAUAAAAACAUUAAUCUCUGCUCACUCUGUUCUCAAGCAUAAUUAUCGCACCUGCUUCCCAAAUCACGUGAGAGGCAGUGCAUGCUUUGAGAUCUUGGGUAUUGACAUUCUCUUGGACAGAAAGCUGAAGCCAAAUAUUUUGGAAGUAAACCAUUCUCCAAGCUUCACAACUGAUGCAGUCCUUGAUAAAGAGAUCAAGGGCACCUUGAUCUGGGACACUUUGGGCCUCAUUAACUUUGGUGCCAUGGAUAAGCGGAAGUACUUGGAAGAAGAGAGAAGACGUAUCAAAGACAGACUGUUGGGCAAAUGUACAAAAAAGGAAUCAAAAGAGGAGCUGGAAGCAGCUCAAAGUCAGUAUAUCAUUCAGCUUGAGAAAUAUGAGAAUGAUCAUGUAGGAAACUUCAGGCGUAUCUACCCCUUACCUGGUUCUGAAAAAUAUGAUAAGUACUUUCAUAGCAGUGGGACCCUGUUUCAGGAGACAGCCGCAUUCAAAGCACGUCAAGAAAUGGCAAGACAGCAGAGAGAAGAGAUUAUACGAAAAAAGGAGAAAUUUGAUGGGAUACUGAAAGGGAAAGGGCGUAAAGAUAUGGUCAGGCCUGAAAGUCCAGGAAGAAGGAAAUUAAGCCAGAGACCGACAUUACCACUCAGACAUCUUAACAACCAGAAACAGUCUUUGGCUGAGUCCUCUGCAAAUGGUACUCCAAGAGCAGUUACGCCGCUAUUGUUGGAGGCUCGUGACACUGAGCCAGUUGAUAUAAUGAAGCCAAUGGAAAUCCUAGCAGACGAAGAACUGGAAAGGUUGUCAGGAUUGCUGCACCGUGACAAUUUAGUGCGAGGGCUGGGCAUCGUGGAGCAUGUAUACCGUUUACUGCACUGCACCCCGGGAACAAUGGGUAUAAUUAAACCCGAGCAAAGAGCAGUUAACCAAACAGGAGGCCAUAAUCCUACCCUGCCAAAUUACCCAAAUGGAUGGAAAAGCAGAGGUACCAAACAGGGCAGUUCCAGUGAGCGAACUCUGCUAGCAUAUCAG